UUGAUUUCCUCUUGUGGGACCAGCUCGACCGUGGAGCCAAAUUGCUUUUUCUUUGACGUCUUUAAAUCCACGGGCUUCGGAACCUCGACCGAGAUCGUAGCUGCUGGCGGAGCGGGAGCCCCAGCCCCCACCUCAUCAACUUCAGUAGACAGCAGAUACUACAUCCUCCAGCAAGGGUACAAGGACCAAGAGACCGUGAAGUCCGAGCACGAACGAGCUUCUGCCUUCCAAGCUUUGAGCUCGUUCCUCUCCGACCCGAACGUUGCGGCUCUGUUCGAGAAGGGUACUUCUAACGAAGGGGGAGAUGACCAGCAGAGCAGUACUUCUUCUAACGCUCUGCAACUGUACAAUGCCGGGGAGUGGCCGCAUGCGGUGGAUCAUGGCAAGCCUUUGCACGCUGUGACCCACUACUUGCUGUUCACCAAUAAAGCUGAUAUCUACAGCGAGCUCCUCCAGAAUGCCUUGGACGAGCUGCAAUUCGAGCUGAUCCCUGCGUUGCGAGGCGAGUGCUACGACGACCCCAUAUUGAAUCCCUGUCUGCGGUUCGAGGUUUUUCGUGGCGCGCGGGAGGCUC